AUGGGUUUCACAAGGUCGAGCCCCGACUCUUGGGGCGCUGCCCGGGGGGGCGGGCCUGGAUCUGGGGUUCGCGUCGCGGCUCUUCCUGUUCCUGCCGCGCCCUCUUCCCGCCGAGCCGGGCCGCAGCGAGCGGGAGGCAGGGGCAUGACGGCGGAGGGCGCGGGCGCGGGCGCGGAGCCCUCCCGGCUGGCGCGGCUGCUGUCGGCGCUCUUCUACGGGACCUGCUCCUUCCUCCUGGUGCUGGUCAACAAGGCGCUGCUCACCACCUACGGUUUCCCAUCGCCACUUGUUCUUGGCAUUGGACAGAUGGCAGCCACAGUAAUGAUACUGUAUGUGUCCAAGCUAAAUAAAAUAAUUCACUUCCCCGAUUUUGACAAGAAAAUUCCUAUAAAGCUGUUUCCUCUGCCUCUUCUCUACGUUGGGAACCACAUAAGUGGAUUAUCAAGUACAAGAAAAUUAAGCUUGCCAAUGUUCACUGUGCUCAGGAAAUUCACCAUUCCACUUACCUUACUUCUGGAAGCCAUCAUACUCGGGAGGAAGUAUUCCCUGACCAUCGUUGCCAGUGUCUUCACCAUCGUCCUGGGCGCUGUCGUAGCAGCCGGUUCUGACCUCACUUUUAACCUGGAAGGCUAUAUUUUGGUAUUCCUGAAUGACAUCUUCACAGCGGCAAAUGGAGUUUAUACCAAACAGAAAAUGGACCCAAAGGAGCUGGGGAAAUACGGAGUGCUUUUCUACAAUGCAUGCUUCAUGAUUCUUCCAACUCUUACCGUGAGUGUCUGCACUGGAGACUUGCAGCAGGCCACUGAAUUCAACCAGUGGAAGGAUAUCUUAUUUAUCAUACAGUUUCUUCUUUCCUGUUUUUUGGGGUUUCUGCUGAUGUACUCCACUGUUCUCUGCAGCUACUACAACUCAGCCUUGACCACGGCAGUGGUUGGAGCCAUCAAGAACGUAUCAGUUGCGUACAUUGGGAUGUUAGUUGGCGGAGACUACAUUUUUUCUCUGUUAAACUUUGUAGGACUAAAUAUUUGCAUGGCUGGAGGUUUACGAUACUCUUUCCUAACGCUGAGCAGCCAGUUCAAGCCGAAGCCCCCUGUGGAUGAAGAGAACGUCCCAGUCCCGCCGGAUUCGCAGAGCUAGGCAGGGGGCGGAGCUGCGGAUGGACUGGCGGACCUGGCCAGAGGUUCCACACGUGGCACAGGGACAGUCGCCCCCUUGGUCAGAGCACAAACAGGGAAGGAAGCCUGCAAAAUGCCAAGAGAACUACCUCACGUGCCACCACAGCACGAGCCUUGGGGCCCUGCGGCCUGCGCCUGCGCACAGUGCAGUGCGGGGCUGACCAGCCAACGUGAGUGUGUAUAUGGGCCAUGCUACUUGGAAGGUGGAGCACUGAGUGCGCUCAAGGCCACCUUGGCAUUUACUUCGAAGGUCCAGCAGUGCCAGGGAGAUUUUCUUUAGUUGAAACAAACAUCUAUUUUAAUAAAAACUCAGCUAGUUAACUUUGA